AUGCCUGCCGCACCAGGAGUAGUUCGCCAUGCUUGCAAGGAGGAUGUCCCCACGAUCCUCGCUUUGAUCCAGGCCCUUGCCGACUACGAAAAGGAAUCCGACGCAAACAAGGCAACUGUUGAAACCCUCGAAAACACAAUUGCCUUUGCACCGUCCGGAUCCGGCCCGAUUACAUCCUCUGUGCCCAACACUGAGUCGCCAUCGCCCUCCAAGCCCGCCCGAUGCUUCCUGCUCGACAACGAAAAGGGCGAGACCGUCGCCAUGGCUCUGUACUUUUACAACUACAGCACAUGGCGCGCCAAGCCUGGAAUCUACCUCGAGGACCUCUUUGUCCAGCCCUCUGAGCGCGGCAAGGGCUACGGCAAGCGUCUGCUGGUUGAGCUGGCCAAGGAAGUCGUCGCCAUGGACGGCGGCCGGCUGGAGUGGUCGGUGCUCAAGUGGAACGAGCCUAGCAUCAAGUUCUAUGAGAGCGUUGGCGCCGUAGCCAUGAAUGAAUGGGUCACUAUGCGUGUUACAGACGACGGAUUGACCAAACUGGCUGGCUUGCUGGAUUAA